GUACGCCCCCAGAAUUCCUCCUUUAAUUUCCCCCACAGAGUUCAACUCUCACACUCUCUCCCUAAUUCCUAUUUAUAAGCAUUUAAUUUCAUUUCAUUUAAAUUUCCCCCACUUCACAUCUUCACAUCCUUAAUUAAAAUUAAAACUUAGAAUCAAAAUAUCAAUGAUCUGUCUGUGAAGCUUCAACAUAUUUACAAAUGACGGUCGGAUUGUGCAACGCCAACCCAGUGGUCCACGCUAAGAAAGAUAGAAUCGCCCGCACCGAACAACCCCACCCUGUUGACUCUUCCUCUGCUGUUGAUCCUCUUGACGUUUAUGAUUAUGUGAGGGAUAUAAGAGAUCCAGAGCACCCAUAUUCAUUGGAGCAGCUCAGUGUUCUUUCUGAGGAAUCUAUUACUGUUGAUGAUAAUCUUGGUCGUAUUUUGAUAACUUUCACCCCAACCAUCCAGCAUUGUAGUAUGGCAACUGUUAUUGGUCUGUGCCUAAGAGUUAAGCUAAAGCAUUGUUUUCCACCACAUUAUAAGAUUGACAUCAAGGUAUCCCCUGGCUCUCAUGCAAAUGAAGAAUCAGUGAAUAAACAAUUAAAUGAUAAAGAGAGAGUUGCAGCAGCCCUAGAGAAUCCGAACCUUCGCCAGCUUGUGGACGAGUGCCUCUCUUCUGAUGAAUUUUGAUUAGUUCUAGUGCUAUGUUUCUGUUCUGUCACCCAAUGUACAGUUAAACCCUUUGUAACCUUGUACGGAAUGUGAGACUUUCGGUAUGUAAAGCAGUAAAGAUGUAAUCGUUUUGAAAACGUUGUUUGUAAGCUGAGAACUGUAUGUAAAGCAGUAAAAAUGUAAUCGAUUUCAAAACGUUGUUUGUAAGCUGAGAACUGCAUGUAUUUUGCCGUCUAAUGUAAAAUGCCUGUUGUGUUAA